AUUAAGAGAGAAAGUUUUUAUUCGUGAAAUGCCAAAUAGGUGAUAUUAUUGCAUUUUGUUUUAACCCAGAGUGUUAAUGUGAAACUUGUAGAUAAACUUAUACUUUUGUCUUUCAGUCACAAAUUUCACAAUGAGUCUCACAGAGAUAAGUGAGAACACUAGAACUGGGAGGGAGAGUGCACUGCUUGGAGACUAUGAGACAUCUAUGGUGUACUACCAAGGAGUUAUCCAACAGAUCCACCGUCUGAUGGGUACCAUAAAAGACUCUGAAAGGAAAAGAAUGUGGAGUCAGUUGAAACAGGAGAUUGUUCAAGAAUACGAACAAGUAAAAGAGAUUAACAGCACUUUGCAGUCCUUCAAGAUGGAAUCAGUACAUGGAGCUAAUGGUGCCUUUGGUGGCGGUCUUGAGAGAGGUUUUGGUAAUCCUCCAGACUACCGCCAUGAACAACCAACACGAGACCCUGAUGUGUGGCCUCCCCCAACACCAGUUGAGCAGAGACCAUCUCCAAAUGUUCGAGGUGUGCAAAGAUCCAAUCAGCAAAGAGCACCUCAAAAUGGCAAAGGAAGUCGACCCUCACAGAACAGACCAGGGCCAUCUCCCGUUCAAAAAGGAGGUGGUAGAGGGGCUGGUGCAGGUCGAGAUGGAAGCGCUGGUCAGAAGCAGAAAAAAGAGCAGUCUGAUGAGAAAAAAUAUGAGGCUCAGGGACAUGAAAAGGAUUUGGUUGAGUACCUUGAAAGAGAUAUUGUGCAGAAAAAUCCUAAUGUGAGAUGGGAUGACAUUGCUAGUCUAAAAGAUGCAAAAAAGCUUCUGGAAGAGGCGGUUGUCCUGCCCCUUAUUGUACCUGAUGUCUUCCGAGGAAUAAGGAGGCCAUGGAAGGGAGUGUUGAUGGUGGGUCCCCCUGGAACCGGCAAAACGUUGUUGGCUAAAGCAGUAGCCACAGAAUGUGGCACCACAUUCUUCAAUGUCUCGACCACAAGCCUCACGUCCAAAUGGCAUGGAGAGUCAGAAAGGCUUGUGAGGCUUUUGUUUGAAAUGGCACGAUUCUAUGCACCUAGCACAGUGUUCAUAGAUGAGAUUGAUUCCAUAUGCUCUAAGAGAGGAUCUGGCUCAGAGCAUGAGGCAAGCCGCAGGGUCAAAUCCGAAAUUCUUGUUCAAAUGGACGGAGUGAGCGGCGUUGCAAAUGGGGAUGACCCAACAAAAACUGUGAUGGUGCUUGCAGCGACCAACUUCCCUUGGGACCUUGAUGAUGCUCUCCGGCGAAGAUUGGAAAAAAGAAUAUACAUUCCUUUACCUGAUGCUGAUGGCAGAAGGCAGCUGUUGGACAUCAACUUGAAGGAAGUUGAAAUGGGGGACGAUGUGGAUCUGACAAAGGUUGCUGAUAUGCUUGACGGUUAUUCUGGUGCUGACAUUACAAAUGUCUGCAGAGAUGCAGCCAUGAUGUCAUUCCGCCGACGUAUAUCCGGGCUUCGUCCUGAGGAAAUUAGGAACAUACCGAAAAAUGAACUGACAUUGCCCACAGUCAUGGAGGACUUUAUAGAAGCCAUUAAAAAAGUGAACAAGAGUGUUUCUUCUGAUGAUCUUGAAAAGUAUAAAAAGUGGAUGGAAGAGUUUGGUUCUGUUUGAUUAACGACUGGAACUUAAUAUCAUUUUGGACUUCAAAUCUUUUGUUUCCUGGCUCUGAUCAUGAAGCUUCUCAGCAACACUAUUUUUGGCGUAACUUAUUUGGCAUGUUGUAUUGCGCAGAUGUAUGUUGUAUUGAUCCUGUUUUCUUUUGAUCAUAGAAAAAUGAAGAGUGGUUUCUCCAUUCCUCAUUGUCUUUUGCGGUUGUUUUUGUUUUUUUUUAGAGAACUAGACCUACAUAUAUCAUUCCUUCAUAUCCAAAUUCUUCUGGAGAAGUGUCUGUCUUUUCUGCUGAAUUAUAAUCUGAAUUUGGUGCCUUGUCUGCCUUUGUAGUUUGAAAGGAGCAGCUAACUUUUUUGAAAGUAGUGAGUUGUCAGUUUUUCCUGAUGCUCUGUCUUCUUUUUUUUUCACUUUGUACAGAACUUCCAUUUCCAUGACAGUCUCACUACUCUUAACCUUAUGCUUAUGUGCUUGGUCUUAUUUGACAUCUCAAAGUAAUAAAAUGAUGGAUUAAUGAGUUAUGAUUAAUUCAGUUUAUGUUCCCAGAAAUUCUAUUGCAGUUCUGUUGUUUUGUCUUUUUUUUGUGAGAAGCUCUCAUUUCUAAACAAUAUACUUGUGGAUAGUCUGUGUAGCUAAUAUUUAUAAACAUGUAUCUAUUCUUUUGUAGAAAAAGAAACAGAGGCCUCAGUUUUUUCAGAUAUCACUCUUCAUUGAAACAAUUUUGGGCAACUGACUCUUCCGAAUUGUCCUACAAACAGUAGAUUUUAAAAAAUAAGAAAA